AAGCUUAGCCGUUUGAAGUCCUCGAUCAGCCCUCCUGCCGUUGCUUAUAACAACUCUCCCGGCAGUUUAGAUAAACUUCUCGACUUUUCUAGAACUUACAAAAACAGGAAUUCCUGUAUCCAAGAUCUAUGUAUCCUCUUGCAGAUGUGGACGUGAUUCCUAUUCCAAAAUUUAGCCUUUUUUGUUUUAGUAAACAAUAGUUAUCACUUUGAAGGAAGUGUACACCGCACAAGCUAAGCAGGUCGGCAUCACGCCAAAGCUAAUAAGUGACUCGCUAAGCAUGUGUACUCGUAAGAUUUCACCAAUCUAUUUGUUGCAGCAAUAUCCGAUUUUACCCAAUCGCUGUGCAGUUUUAUUUUGAAAAAUUCUUACUCUUCGGAUCUCGUGAUUUGAAUAGAUGGCGUGAGCACCGUCAAAAGUAUAUUCAUGAAUAAUAAAUUCAUUUUUUUGCAAAUGCACGCAUGAGAUACGUGCUUAAGAUUAGAAAUUAAACUUCGAAAACGAGGACGGCUUAGCCCUUGUAGUGUAGACUAUUCAACAAAUAGCUACUUUUACCAUAGUCAAUUCCAGACUGUUUACGAAUUGCACUUGUUUUUUUAAUGAACUAGUCUUGUAUAAUAGCACGCUACCAAUGCUAUGUGCCCCCAGGGAUCGAUUACUGCACCGUGGAACAAUAAAGUGAACGAUCACUUUCGUGAUAUAUCCAUUAAGUUGGUGACUAUAAAGGCGUAUCAAAAUGAUAUAUCAACAAUAACCUCAGAACAUUGCGAGAGAUCAAGAGCUUGUUUCUUUAUGUAACAGGUAGCUGAAGAUUUAGACCACGCGAAAACUAACUUUUUGUUACGCAAGUUGCGCAAACAAAAUGGAUCAAUGAAGACGGCAUUUCAACAAGAUUUACCUACUAGCCUCUUUUUAUACCUUGAAACGAGAAAAUGUUAACAGCUAGCCACACUUGCGCCAUGUUAACGGAGAAACCAAUCCUAUCCGAGGUGCAACACUGGACGGAGCGUGAUGUCUACUGGUGGCUUCAUGCCAGACAUGUUGGACAGCGCACUAGAAGAUUAUUUUAUGAUCAUCAUAUUGACGGUAAAAAGCUUUACAGUGUAAACGGCCAUUAUCUAGAUCGCAUUGGGGUGAUUAACCCUGCAAUGAGGAACAAAGUGUUGGCGUCUAUCUACGAGUUGCAGCUGUUUGGCCCUUCCCUGAAGAACGGGAACGGUUGUCCUCGGAUGUCCAAUCGCCGCGCCUCAAACAACAAGAGACCGCGGCUUAAACCCGGCAUGCAGACCAACGGGCAAACUCAUCCAGAUAAAUCGAAAGAUCAGCCCGGUGAUGUGAGGAAGACUCCUCGCAAAAGCAGCGACUCCAUACCCCACGGCAUUCUCAAAGACAAAUCAAGGACGAGGACCCCUCAGUCAAUCACGCAGACAGCAGAAACGGGAAGUGUAAAAGUCAAUGUUAGGGUGCUUCACAGGGAAUACGACAACAAGAUCAUCGAAAUUACAACACAAACUACAAGUGAGCAGCUUAUCUCCGAGGUACUUGAGGUCUGUGACGCCUUCACGAAGGACCCGAAUGUUUACUACAUUGCUAUGGAGACUGGGAUAAAACAAAAAGAUUCCGGCCUACCCAUUUCGCAGAUAAUUGUAUUGGACAAUGAUAAUCAUCCACUGGAGCUACAAUCUUGUCAACCACAAGGCGAGACAAGCUUCCACCUCAAGAUGAGGAGCGGUGGGCUAGUGAGAGUGCGAGCAAGUGUUCUCACACCAGGGGCCUCGCACAAGACGGUGUACAUAGCACGAAACACGACAGCGCGACAGCUGAUCAAACUUCUAAUCAAGACGAGCAACAGCGAUGAGUCACCGGACAACUUCCUCCUUCGCGAGAGUUCGGCUAACCUUGAAGUGGAUCGCAUCAUUGACGAGAGUGAAUACCCGCUCCAGAUACAAAGUCGCUGGGAGCCUGAGGAUGACAUCUCAUUCUUCCUGACACGAAAACUACCUAAUGUUUCCAAGAGCCGAGAAGUAGAGGCAACUCCAGCAUCGGAAGUACAAAAGAAGGAUAUGGACAAGCGGCACCAGAUCACAGACUUGCUACAGGACUACGUUACUCGUAUGCGUCAUGGAAAGGUCAGCGAGAAGGGGAAGGACACAGAGGAGGCGAGCCCGGCGAACGAGAGGCGAACUACUCAGGGUUCUAUCGACAGCGGGUACGGGAGAAGUGACACGGAGCAAGUCGGAGAAAUGGAGCGUAUUGAAGAGACCUGUGAUCCAUUCCACGAUGACAUGGACCCAGAGAAGAAGCGCAAGAUGAUCGACAGACUACGAAAACGAAGGACAUCUUUGGACGCUCUGGACCUGCAUAACGUCCCUAGUGAGAAGCCUUCAGAGGCACGCGAACGAAAGGUUUCGCAGAUUGAACGAUUCCGACACAAGUUCUUUGAAUACAAGAAGUCGGAGAUCGAUGCACUGGAUCUGCACGAUGACGAUAAACCAAGAGGGGUUACCCGCGCAAAGCCACAACGGAGAGUCUCUCAGAUUGAUCGGUUCAGAAAUAAGUUCAUGGAGUAUUACCAUGUAAAGGGUGACGAUCCGCAACGGCGUUUUUCUCAUGCCGUGGAUUAUUCCUCUAAACACGAGAAACAUGGGUUAGGAGAGUUUCGAUCAACAAGCGAUCCGGAUAUUCCGAAGACUGAACGUCAUCUCAGCGGUUGCCCGAUAGAGACAUUAUCUAGAAAGUCAUCUUCCAGUGAGUUAAGCGACCACGAAAUGCGGUAUCUGUUUGCGCCAAAAUCGAACGGUGUUCACAGUAACAUGAGCGUUAGCAUGUUUAAACUUGUGGAGAAUAAAAAACUGAUAGCCGUGACUUUAAGCCGAGAACACGGUGACGAGUUAGGACUGGAGCUCGCACAGGUAACACAGACAGGCAACCAGAUCGACAAUUUAUCAGAUGAAGAAGUUGUGUAUGUUUUACACACGGGAGAUGGUAACAACUCUGUCCUUACAAGCCCAACAGAUUUCAACCGAAGCAACGAGUUUAUCCCGAUAUCAGGGUCUAAUAACGUAAAGGAUGGCAAUGCAACUGGGAGUGCCAACCACGAGGAUCUGCCCUGCGCUAGCGAUGAAUUUCCCAGUAACGUGAGGUCGAGGCGAAAGAUGGGGAUACCACAUGUGACGAUUACGGAGACGAGUGAAGAAACAGCGUCCUCGAUUGCGCAGCCUGAAGAAGUCUUACUGCAACCACCAUCGCCGGCAUCAAGCCACUCUUCUUCCGUACUGGAGUCCAUGAGGCGGAGGGGAAGCCCGGCACCGAGUCCUGGCGUACGUAUUGUGGGCAUCACACAGGGCAGCGUGGCGGCCGAGGCGGGGAUAAUACAGACAGAUGAUCUUAUAGUCGAGGUUAAUGGAAGAAACGUGCUAGACUCUACACUGGAUGGCGUAAUAGCCUCUCUUCAAGAACAUGACAUUGUCUACCUUGUGUUAGCACGUGACACGGCAGACGACCUAUCACGCGACAGCACACCACGUGACAACACAUCAAUCGUCAAGCAGACUGCGGGCCAUGAGAACACAGUGGAUGUCGAGGAAAACGUGCCGCGAUCUUACUUCGCUGAGCUCCAGGCCCUUACGUCGCAGGUCAGGGACCUGGUUACCAAGGUAUCGGAGAUGCAGGAAGCGUUAGGGCAGAAGGACAAGACCAUCUCGACGCUCAAAAAAGCGCUCGUCAAGAAGAAACUCAAGAUCAGCUCUAAAGACAAACUGGUCGAGGGAAAGCAGAUUCUAGUUUAGCUGUAGAUCCGUUAAGUUUUUGUACUUUCUUUCAUUAGCAGCUUGGACGUAGUGGUAAACGGUGCGCUCUUCAUUCAAGACAAGAUUUGUAAAUAGACUAAAUAGGUUAGUUAUGAACGUCUAUGUGAAUCAAAGUACAGCCAUGUAGCACGUCUGUUAAGCGGCCACCCUCGGGACCGAGUAAACGCCAAGUAACCGCCUAAUGUAAGCUGUAAAUAGAGGUAUUCAACUACAGUAUUUUAGGUAGCGAAAAGCAAUAUUUUUAAUUUUGAAAAGUGGCUAAAUAGGAGUUGACCGCUUAAUGAAUAUUACACCAAUUUUAUAUAAUAAAAUCAUUAACAGAUUUAUCACUCUUAAUGAUACAAGUAAGUUCAUAUGAGUUCAUAUCAGUUCAUAUAGUUCCAUUUACAAAAUAUUAUACACUAUGUAAAUAUACGAAAAGUAUAAAAAGAUAUACAUAAUAAAAAGAUAAUACAUAAUACAUAGAUAAUAGACCUAAGGUGAUACCAUAAACUCAUCACGUCCUGUUAAUAAAUAAAUAUUAUACUCCUGGUUCGGCUCUUUAUGGUCCAAAUUCUCAAUCUUAUACUCUUUGUACGAAAAUACAACGGGAAUAAAAUAAGUUUUUUUUUCUAAAA